AUGAAUAUUCAUUCUGUCGCUCACUUUGCAACACUCAACACAACAAUAAAAGCUAAUGUUAAAAUAUGGUGUUGAAUUGUCUCCCCCCUUUUUUCCCUAACGUGAAAAGUGUGCUUUUUAGGGAUUUGAUGUCGUUUUGGCUUUUCUUUAACAAAUUGACAGAUGAAUUGAAGUGAAAAAUGGGCAGUAUUGGAGACACGAAAGGGGAAUUCAAACCCUCUGAUAUUAACCCAAGCACCGAUUUUGCAGAUGGCGAGACUCAGCCUUUUGAAUUUGACUCACAGUUUCCCGUCUCUCCAUUUUGUGGUUACAGAGAUGAUAAUGAGGAUGAUGAUGAAUUAAACUAUCCACAAGAUACGGUUCCUUUAGAUGAUAAUAAUGUAGCAGUCGAGGAUGGUUUAGAGAUCCAAAUUCUAAACCUUGGUGAGGAAACUCAAGUGUUGGACUUUGGUGGCGAAACACAAGUGUUGGAUGAUUUAGAUUGCUGUGAAAAUAUAGAGACCCAAUUGUUGGAUGCAUUUGAUGUCAGUGUUGUUCUUGAUAGUGAAGGUGAAGGAACCGAUGGAACUGAGGUUUUCGAUGAUGGUGAUGAGGUCUCAGAUGAUGAGGUUGUAAUUGGAGAUUGUGGUCGAUCAAUUGGCCAUGAGGAGAAGGAAUCUUUAGAGCAAUGUAGAGCAUCAACCGAUGAAUGCAGGAGUUCGGGAAUCCAUGUUCCUACAGCAACACCAGAUGUCAAAGCUGUGUCGGAAGGGAAACCUGGAUCUGUCCAAAGGUUUACUUCAGUUCGUGCAGCGUCCCUGCGGGCCUCUGGUCUUGCAGCUCGUAAUGCGGCAUUACGGGAAAUGAACAACGAAUCUUGUUCUAACCAGACAGAUAGCCGGUUUUCAAACCAGUGCACAGUCGAUAGUAAGGGUUUAAAUCUGAAAGUUGUGGAGAACAUUAGUCAGCGACAAGAUCAGAACUCGAUCAAUUUCAGGAUUGGUUGUCCAACUGCAAGAAAACUUUUUGCUGAGGAUUGUUUUACUGAAAAUAAAGAACUUUCUAGGAACAGUGAAGUUGCGGAUGCAAGAGAAGAUUUGCUUGAGGCUCCUGAUUGCGAUGGUCCAUUAGCAGGUUUAAGUUAUAUAGACUCUCAAGAACCUGGGGAGUUAUCACAAGCUAAUGCACUUGAUUUCGUGGAAAGAUUUGUAAAUGACAAAUUGAUGGAACUUGAUAACGAAGUUGAUUUUGGAAAGAGUACAGGGGGAAAUUCGAAACUUAUUUCGUGUGCAAAAGGGCUGCAAAGUUUGGCCAAGAGAACUAUCGAAAGAAGCACUGCCGGUGAAGCAGGGAAUUUUGAAUGGGAUGAUUUUCGGGAGGACGAAGGAGGGGGUGACAUCUAUCGGAGAAUGAAGGAAGAAUUCUAUGGUAAUAGAAGCCAAGCACGGAAAUCUUCUACCAACCUACGGAAGCCUAAAGGAAAGAAACUAAAUGAAUCUUGUAAUGUAGACCAACCAAAGUCCGGUGAUAAAAGGAUGGUUCAUUCUGAGUCAAAAUUAUUGUUGUGCAAGUUGAAAGAUAAUGACAUGACCUUACAAGAAGGUCAAAUGAAUUUUAGAAAAAAUCUUUCCAAUGAGUUUGAUGAACAGUUUAACUCAGAUUCCUCGAGAGGACAAUUGGAACCUACUGGGGCUAAGACAGGUGCUGCUGAAGAACUAAAUGAUGUAGGUUUUGACACCCAGAUUGCUGCUGAAGCUAUAGAAGCCUUAUUCAAUGGGGAGGCGGCUACUGAACCAAAAGCUAAUCAAGGUGUCCAAAGCAUAUCUAAGGGCUCCUCUAAAGCUUCAUUUAGAGGAAAAGCGGGAAAGAGAAUUUCUUCUACAUCCAGAAAGGGUGUUUCUUGUUCUGAUGCUACUCGAUUUACAAGACAAUCCAAGAGAAGUAAGUUGAAUGAAGAUUCUUCAGUUUUGCUGGAGAAACAUUCCAAGAAUGUCAGGAAGGAAUCCUCGGUCACAACUCCAGUCAGUGAUUCUAAAAAAGGUAGAAAACGGAUUAAAGAGGUUGAUUUCCUUCAAGAAAGUAGAAUUGGGAGUACGGAUGUUAAGUUAUCUGGAAUGUCAAAUGCUAAUGGGCAGCUUUCUAUAUUGCAUUCUGAUCAAUCUGGAGAACAUGGAAAUGGAAAUGGAAAUGUCAAAUUAAGUAUCGAUGUUCAUUUGGAACUGAUUUCUAAGAGUAUUGGCAAUCAUGUACCAAGUUAUCCCAGAGAAAGAAGAUCCUCUCGGAAAAUGCCUGUUGGCCUUGGUGAGUCUGAUAAAAUGGAAGCACAGUCCCGAAAACCUGCUCAGCCUGAUGACAAUGGAAAACCAACUGCUAUGCAGAAAAGGUCGAGAGGGAACAAUAGAAGCACAUGCAUUCCAUCAUCCACUAGGAGGACUGCACGAUCAUCUGUGAAUACUUGCCCACUUCCGUAUUUUUCAGACCAGAAUUCAGAAGGGAAAUUGUCUCGUCAAAGUUUGGAUAAACAGGGUUCAGAUGCGGAUGAACUUAAUUGCAAUUUUUCUGACAAGAAUGGGAGAAUGAUAUCAAAAAGAAAAAUUGGGCCCAAGGCAGCAAAGGCAAUCACACAUGCUGGUGGAAAUCCUGAUGCAAUUUCUUUGUCAAAUGCAGAAAAUUUAACCGUGAAUGUUGAUUCUGAUAAAUCACCAAAAGAGAAAUCGAGAUCACCUGGUUCUCUAUGCACUACUCCAACUAACCAUCUGACACCCAUCAAUGCUGCAUCGCCUGUUUGUAUGGGUGAAGAAUAUUAUAAAAUGUCAUGCAAGAAGAACCUGUUAAAAGCUUCACUUAUUAAAGAACUCAGAAGUUUAUGCCCGAAUGAGGCUGAACCAAUUUCCCCUUUGAAAGAUAUGAGGAAAAGAAGGAAUUUGGCCGAUGUUCGAGUCUUGUUCAGCAACCACCUAGAUGAGGAUAUACUUAAACAGCAGAAAAAGAUCUUGGCCCGCCUAGGUAUUCAUGAGGCAUCAACUAUUUUAGAUGCGACGCACUUUAUAACCGAUAAAUUUGUCCGCACUAGGAAUAUGUUAGAAGCGAUUGCUUCUGGCAAAUCAGUUGUCUCACAUUUAUGGCUUGAAAGCAUCGGACAAGUUAAUAUUCACAUCGAUGAAGAAGCUUAUAUAUUGAGGGAUAUCAAAAAAGAGAAAGAGCUUGGCUUUUGCAUGCCGGUUUCUUUAGCACGUGCACGCAAGCGGCCCUUAUUACAGGGCCGAAGAGUUUUAAUCACCCCAAAAACAAAGCCAGGUAAAGAAACAAUCUCACGAUUGGUGACUGCAGUUCAUGGUCAGGCAAUUGAGAGAACUGGCAAAUCCUCUAUGAAGGAUGACAAAAUCCCAGAUGAUUUGUUGGUUCUAUCAUGUGAAGAAGAUUACGAAAUUUGUGUUCCUUUCCUUGAAAAAGGGGCAGCCGUUUACAGUUCAGAGCUGCUACUGAAUGGAAUAGUUACUCAGAAGCUGGAUUACCAAAGGCAUCGUCUCUUCGAAGAUCAUGUUAGACGAACCCGAUCGACCGUAUGGAUGAAGAAAGACAAUAAGUUCCACCCUGUGACAAAAGCUUAAAUGAAGCUUUCUGGUUUCUUACUUUUGUUUCUAGCUUCCUCUGAAUUUUCGUCGUGUGUUUUCCGAUUUCUUCGGCACAUCGUUUUUGUAGGCGUCAAAUUUAGAACACACGGUGAUCUGUACAUGUCUUAGAAGUAGUUUAGCUGUGUAAAUGCUUAAGAUGUAUGUUUCAUUUUCUUUUCUCUUCAAUUUUGUUCAUAAAUUUGACAUCAUGUUAUAUUUUGGUGUUUAUUUGCUGAUCCAUGUACUUGGGGUCAAGCAAAUCGGUUCAAGCCACCACCUUCCAGGGAGAUAGUGUUUGAGUUUCAACAUUUACAA